GCUCGCCGACUUUAAUUUCAUUUUUUUUUGUGUUUGUUUCUUAUGGAUUUCCUUGAUUCUGAUUUUCGUUUGUUUAUGUUUGUGAUAUUGAAAUUUUCUUACAUUCAAAUUUAUGGGACAAAAUAAAUCACGUCCGGCAAAUAUCGAUGAUGCCGGUGGCUAUGGUUUCAGCCAGGAUGGUACAUUUGGUGUUGUAAACAACGAUAAUAAUACACAGAUGAAACCUAAAUUCAGACAUCCAUGGGCCGUUACUUUUCAUCUAAUAUUCAAGAUUGCAGCAAUAUUCAUUUAUUUAUUUGGUUCAAUAUUUGCACAAGAAUUUCUCGGACUAUUCGUUAUUCUCGUAUUUUUGAUCUCAAUGGAUUUUUGGAUUGUAAAAAAUGUUACCGGUCGUUUAUUGGUUGGCCUUCGUUGGUGGAAUUAUAUUGAUGACGAUGGUCAUUCGCAUUGGAUGUUUGAAAAUCGUAAACAAUCACAAUCGAAAAAUGUUAAUACGAAUUUACAAAAGCAAGGUACAUCUAAUGAUGUUGAAUUCAUAUUAUUCAAUCAACAACAACAACAGCAACAGCAACAAUCCAAUGAAUCACAAUCACAAAGGCCAAGUGGUGGUUCAGAUUCAACCGUUUUCUGGAUUGGACUAUUUUUGUUCACUAUAUUCUGGUUCUUUUCACUUAUAUCAGCAAUAUUUUCAUUCAACAUUCAUUGGGUGCUUUUAGUUAGUAUCGGAUUUGUAUUAAGUGGUUCAAAUUCCUAUGGCUAUAUUCGUUGCCGUUUUGGUGGUGGUGGUGGUGGUGAUGGUGAUGGUGAUACUAAUCCAGUAACAAUGGCCAGUAAUUAUACUAGUUCAAUGUUUAGUCAAUAUGUAGGACCAAAAAUGUUGUUCAAUAUGAUGCGUAAUGCCGCUACAACUAACACGACGACAUCAACAUCAACUUCACAACAAAAUACAUCGCAAUCCAAUACAAUUGCAAAAUAAUUUGAUUUCCUAAAAAUUUUUUUCUGUAUUUAACAAAGAAGUGAAAACAUCAAAUUCCAAUUGUUUUUUUUAUUUUCUUAAUAAUUAAAAAUUCAAAUGAAAAAAAA